GGUUUGCGCCGCUAGGUGCGCCCGUUAACUUCCGCUCUGUUGUGACAGGAAAUAUGGCCGUCGCAUUGUAAGUAAGAAGUAUCGGCAAGCAGUAACAUAGAAGAACAGCGUUCCCGUCCAAGGACUGAAACUUCCCUACGUGGCGCCACUCUGGAGAGGACAAUGUUCUGCACGUAGAGUAAGGACAUGCAGUAGUUAGCAGCCAUGGGGUGUGUGCAGAGCUCUGAGAGCAAUGAUCCUAAACUGAAGUACCAGGCUAAAGAUGAGACUGUCCUGGACGCGUCUGCAAACAAUGCCACCAGAUACACACAGUCUCCCACUGAGAACGACAGGUUCUCCCUCCCCCCGGCAGCCAUCCCCAACUUCAACUCACCAGCAGGGGGGGUCCACAUUCCGUCCUUUGGCAGCACAGCACCCAGCUCUUCCAACAUCUCAAGUCAAGGAGUGACCAUAUUUGUGGCCUUGUAUGAUUAUGCGGCAAGGACCGAAGAUGACCUGAGCUUUAAAAAGGGAGAACAGCUUCAAAUCAUCAACAACCAAGAUGGGGACUGGUGGGAGGCCAGGUCACUAACUACAUCACAGACAGGCUACAUUCCCAGCAACUAUGUUGCACCUGUGUCCAGCAUCAAUGCAGAAGAUUGGUACUUUGGAAAGAUUGCACGGAAAGAUGCAGAGAAGCUGUUGCUGGCACCAGGCAACGUUAGGGGGACGUUCCUAAUACGGGAGAGUGAGACAACUGCAGGUGGCUUCUCCCUGUCAGUGAGGGACUGGGAUGAGACAAAGGGUGACAUCAAGCACUACAGGAUCAGGAACCUGGACAGUGGAGGUUACUACAUCGCCAGCAGAACGCAGUUCAAAACCCUGCAGGAACUCGUACAACACUAUUCAGAGACGUCAGGUGGCCUGGCCUAUCAGCUGGUGAAGCCCUGCUCCAAGUCCAUGCCCCUGACCAGGGAUCUCUCCCACCACACCAAGGAUGCCUGGGAGAUAGACAGGGAGUCCAUCUCGCUGAAGGAAAAGCUGGGCCAGGGCAACUUUGGGGAAGUCUGGUUGGCCGUGUGGAACCACAGCACCAAGGUGGCUGUGAAGACCCUGAGGUCAGGCUCCAUGUCUCCUCAAGCCUUCCUGGAGGAGGCCACCAUCAUGAAGAAACUGCGCCACGAGAAGCUGGUGGCCCUGUACGCUGUCUGCACCGACAGGGAGCCCAUCUACAUCAUCACAGAGUACAUGUGCAAUGGCAGUCUGCUGGACUAUAUUGUCAAGGGGGAUGGCCAGAAGGCCGGGCUAAAAGAACUGGUGGACAUGGGGGCUCAGAUUGCAUUUGGCAUGGCCUAUAUUGAGAGAAUGAAGUACGUGCAUCGAGACCUGCGAGCAGCCAAUGUACUUGUAGGGGACGACAAUAACUGCAAAAUAGCAGACUUUGGCUUAGCCAGACUCAUAGAAGAUGACCUGUACAAGGCACAACAAGGUGCCAAGUUUCCCAUCAAAUGGACGGCUCCAGAGGCAGCGCUUUACGGCAAGUUCACCAUCAAGUCUGAUGUCUGGUCCUUCGGGAUCCUCCUGACAGAACUGGUGACUCAUGGCAAGAUCCCAUACCCUGGGAUGAUGAACAGGGAGGUGUUGGACCAGGUGGAGCGGGGGUACCGGAUGCCCCAGCCCCAGGGGUGUCCAGACUCGCUCUACAACCUCAUGUUGCAGACUUGGGCCCGCGACGAGGAGACACGCCCAACCUUCGAGUAUCUCCACAACUUCUUAGACGACUACUUCACAGCGACGGAGCCCAACUACAGAGAGCCGGACGCAAUCUAGACCCGGGUGUGAGACACACUCUCUGUGUGGCAAGGUUGCUGGAUUUGGACAGGGUCUUCUGACUGGGGUGUUGGCUUAAGUCCUUGUUACGCCCCUUUAGACCACUUUGCUAGCACCUGUUUAACUUUGUACUUCAACAUUAGCAACUGCUAUAGUGCGGAAAGGACAAGCAAAAUGUGAGGGGGUUUUGUACAGACAUAUAUCCCAUCUACUGAUGGCGAUAUGUACUUGGGUAUACUGGCACACAGUACUUUAGAUAGUUGCAAGGUGAACUUCAGAUAGACUUUGUCUGAACUGGAUUUAGUGGUGGCGGCCGAUCUCAGUGUUGGGAAGGAGUUGAUACUUGUUCUGACCAGAUUGUUGCCUUUAAUCCUUCACAUCAGUUUGCUUUCUGGUACAGUACUAACAGGGAAAAAGGGUCUUGUGUAUCUGUGUCCUUUGUAUGUACAUUUACUGUUGCAUGUAUAUUUUGUCUUGAAUCGUGUGGACAAACUCAUUUGGUGAGUCAAACUGAAAAUGCCAUCACCUUGUCUUUAGUAUGUUUAUUGCUUACUGUAUGUAGUAGUGUAGUCAUCACUAGGCAGCAGACUUUACUAAGUUAUUCAUUUCAACACAAUGUUACUUGUCAUGCCAACAUGUUGUAGUACUCAAAUGUGUAGGUUCCUGGUCUUAUCAUUGGUCAACAUUAUUAAUUGCACCAGAAACACAGCUUUCAUGCUAAAUCAUUAGGGUAAAAUUAAUUGUCUACUUAGUGUUGCAAAGAACAGGCCUUUGGACUGUGCAAAUUAAUCUCUGAGAAGUUGUUAUGGGGUUUAUCUUACCAGUGUUUCUCAAAUGUGGACGACAAGAAGGAAAUUUUGUGCAAUGCAGUACAGUUGUACUUGUAUUUUUACUGGUAUACGAUUGUGCAGGAAAAGGCAUAUUUUCUUACAACUGAAAGGGAGACUGUGUAUUUUGAUUGUUUGUCUCAAGAGGUACAUUGUUUUAGGAAUGUGCAAGGGGUCGAAGAACAGCAGUAUAGAAAAAAACACACAGUGAAUUAGUUAGCAUUCUUUGUAAUGAUGAGACUCAGACCUAGCACAACUUCUAGUAUAGAAGACUAGUAUAUGUUACAUGUAUAGCUAGCAAUUUUCUAACAAAUCGAAACGACAGGGAGCAGACUAGAUAGUCUUUAAAAUCUGGCACAUAUUUACCAAUAGGAGUUUAUUACAAGUCACUUAGUAAUUGAUGAGGUAAUUGAUAAAUGAGAUUCGUGCAUGGCCAGUUUUGUUGAAAUUGUUGUGUGGAAAUGUUUGUGCCCAUGUGGAACUCAGCUCGGCAUACAUUCAGUGGCUUUCUAUGCUCUAUGUAGAUUAAGUGUUCCUUUCAAGUAAGGUGCAGUAGGUUUUAGGACGUCUGCUUGUGUUAUGCACGAAGAUCUCAGUAAGAUUGAAGAUCUUAGUAAGAUUUUGUUGUGAUACUUCAGCCUGAGCACCCAAGAACCCAGCCAAGAGUAACAUUUGGGAAAUGUCAUAACCUAGAGUUAUUGUCAUCAUAGUGUAAGUUUCAGGUAGACUACUCAAAACCUUUUCAGUUCAGUCACCAAUCUAAUCAAAACUAACUGUGAAUUAAAUUAUUGCCUCCCUUUGAAGAGUUUCUGAGAUUUGUAAAAACAUUGUUUAUCUCUAUGUCAGCAUUUGCACUGGGAGUCUCUGCUAGAAGGAUGCUUGUACAUGUAUAGGCAAUGUAAAGUCACUCCACAGCUUUGAUGUAAGAACUUUGAUGCAAACGAAAGGUAUAAUUAGUAUGUUUGGCUCAAAUGUGCUUCUUGCUUACUGUUUAAAUCUUAGACUUCAAUUGAUACAUCAAUGGACUACACCUCAUGAAGUUCUUAUAUACUGGUAGCUUAUACUUGUAACUUUACAUCUAGUUGCCUGUGCUCUUAUGGUGAGUUGUAAUAUGUUCGCAUGCCGUUAUGUUAUGUCUUUCUCUGUCAGGUGUUUUCAUACCAUGUUGUUUCAACUUGUACCCAGGUACAUUGUGUACAUAGUUUCGACAUUAGGUAACUUAGUUAACAAUGCCUUGUGAACUAAACCGUUCAUGGAUCAUACCGAACACAGUGAUAUAUUUCUCCGAUUUAGUAGCUAGUCCUCACACUUGAUAGGGAACAUUUUCUAUUUGUCUAAAACUAGACUAAAGUAAAGCUUUGUAACUUCACUGUAUAUAGUCCUAACUGUCAUGAGGUUAGAAGAGAACUGACUGUACAUGUAGGUAUAAUAUUUGGUAGUGUAAGACUGGAUAUUUGUCUGUUUUCUUCUUUGAGAAACAUACACGGUAUUUGAUCACAUAUGCAUGUCAAGAGGUGGAUAUGGAGGAGUAAGAGAUGCGGGAACAUUGCAAUGUUUUUGGUGCUGACAGGGUUUCUUAAUAACAACGUGGAGCAAACAGAUACAAUACUAGUGGAUUAAACUGAUAAUUUAUAAUAGUUAAUGAAUCAUUUAAAAUCACAUGUACAUCAUUGAGGCUCUUACAGACAGUAUACAGAUACCACAAAGGGAAGAAAGAGUUAUACACCUCAGAUAAUGGUAGUAAGGUCAAACAUGUAACUGAACUGGACUUUUCUAACAAUAAAAAAAA